CCGGUAUAAAGCAGCAGGCGCCUGUGCCCGCUCCACCUCUCAAGCAGCGCCUGCCUGAGACUGUUCUGCCCUCUCCCCACCCAGUCCACCACCACCAUGACACCAGGCACCCAGUCUCCUUUCUUCCUGCUCCUGAUCCUCACAGUGCUUACAGCUGCCACAGCCCCUGAACCCACAACAGUUGUUACAGGUUCUGGUCAUACAAACUCUACCCCAGGUGGAGAAAAGGAGACUUCGGCUACCCAAAGAAGUUCAAUGCCCAUCUCUACUAAGAAUGCUGUGAGUAUGACCAGCAGUGUACUCUCCAGCCACAGCCCCAUUUCAGGCUCCUCCACCACUCAGGGACAGGACGUCACCCCAGCCUUGGCCAUGGAACCAACCGCAAGUUCGGCUACCACCUUGGGACACGAUGUCACCUCGGCCCCGGACACCAGUGCAGCCCCGGGCUCCACCGCCCCCCCAGCCCACGAUGUCACCUCGGCCCCGGACACCAGUGCAGCCCCGGGCUCCACCGCCCCCCAGCCCCACGAUGUCACCUCGGCCCCGGACACCAGUGCAGCCCGGGCUCCACAGCCCCCAGCCCACGAUGUCACCUCGGCCCCGGACACCAGUGCAGCCCCGGGCUCCACAGCCCCCCCAGAUCACGAUGUCACCUCGGCCCCGGACACCAGUGCAGCCCCGGGCUCCACCGCCCCCCCAGCCCACGAUGUCACCUCGGCGUCAGACUCUGCAUCAGGCUCAGCUUCCACUCUGGUGCACAGCACCACCUCUGCCAGGGCUACCACCACCCCAGCCAGCAAGAGCACUCCAUUCUCAAUUCCCAGCCACCACUCUGAUACUCCUACCACCCUUGUCAGCCACAGCACCAAGACUGAUGCCAGUAGCACUCACCAUAGCACAGUACCUCCUCUCACCUCCUCCAAUCACAGCACUUCUCCCCAGUUGUCUAUUGGGGUCUCUUUCUUUUUCUUGUCUUUUCACAUUUCAAACCUUCAGUUUAAUUCCUCUCUGGAAGAUCCCAGCACCAACUACUACCAACAGCUGCAGAGAGACAUUUCUGAAUUGUUUUUGCAGAUUUAUAAACAAGGGGAUUUUCUGGGCCUCUCCAAUAUUAUGUUCAGGCCAGGAUCUGUGGUGGUACAAUCGACUCUCGUCUUCCGAGAAGGUACCACCAAUGUCCACGACGUGGAGACACAGUUCAAUCAACGUAAAACGGAAGCAGCCUCUCGAUAUAACCUGACGAUCUCAGACGUCAGCGUGCGUGAUGUGCCAUUUCCUUUCUCUGCCCAAUCCGGGGCUGGGGUGCCAGGCUGGGGCAUUGCGCUCCUGGUGCUGGUCUGUGUUCUGGUUGUGCUGGCCAUCGUCUAUUUCAUUGCCUUGGCUGUCUGUCAGUGCCGCCAAAAGAACUACAGGCAGCUGGACAUCUUUCCCGCCCGGGAUGCCUACCAUCCUAUGAGCGAGUACCCCACCUACCACACCCAUGGGCGCUAUGUGCCCCCUGGCGGUACCAAUCGUAGCCCCUAUGAGGAGGUUUCUGCAGGUAAUGGUGGCAGCAGCCUCUCUUACACAAACCCAGCAGUGGCAGCCACUUCUGCCAACUUGUAGGGGCACGUCGCCUACUGAGCUGAGUGGCCAGCCACUGCCAGUCCACCCCACUCAGGUUCUUCAGGGCCAGAGCCCCUGCACCCUGUUUUGGGCUGGUGAGCUGGGAGUUCAGGUGGGCUGCUCACAGCCUUCCUCAGAGGCCCCACCAAGUUCUCGGAACCUUCUCGGUCUGUGGAAGCUCAUGUGGGCCCUUGAGGGCUUAUGCCUGGGAAGUGUUGCAGUGGGGCUCCCAGGAGGACUGGCCCAGAGAGCCCGGAGAUAGCAGGGGACCUGAACAGGACUGAAUAAAACGUGGCCUCCCGCUG